AUGCCGCACCGUAUAAGGACCACGACAUUCGGUCCCCGAAGCUUUCCCCUUUCCCCCCCACUUCCACGAAACCACGACUAUAUCUCCUCAUUCCAGCGCACCAUGCCGCGACAGCGCUUUGGCUGGCGUGGAUGGCUCAACAAAGUUUGCAAGCGCACUGCUAUACCAACUGGGACCGCUCCUGAGAUCCUGUCGCGAUCGGAUCAAGCGUCGAACCAAGAAACGAGUUAUCGCGGCGACGAAGCUUUGCGCCUCGCUACUUCAGGACGGUCGUUACUGGAGCGUUGGGAGACCUCGCAUAAGCUUGAAGAUCUCCAUAGUGCGAUCGAUGCGCAGGAGCGAGCUGCCGAGCUCAUACAUGAGGGACAUCCACGCUGGCUAUAUCUUGCAGAUAACCUUGCACAUAGCCUACGGCACCGUUUCGUGAACCUUGGCACGUUAUGUGAUAUAGACCGAGCAAUUGUACUCCAAGAACGUGCCCUUGAGCUUACUGCCGAAGAGAACUCCGAUCGGUCGUGGAGGCUCGACUGCCAUGCGACUUGUCUUUGUCUACGCUACGAGACUGUCGGCACGCUUCGUGAUCUCGAGAGAGCAAUCACAACACAGAGACUUGCACUCACGCUGGCAGCUGAUACUUCGGACGCUCGACCUAGUUACCUCGGCAACCUCGCCAGUUAUCUGCGGUCCCGCUUUGCCCGCCUCGGCGAGCUUCGCGACCUAGAAGAAGCGAUUGCCGCAGACAGGCUCGCCAUCGAUCUCACGCCCGAAGGCCAUCCCCACCGACCACCACUAUUAAGCAACCUCGCCCUUUUUCUGCGGUGCCGCUUUCAAUGCCUCGGCAAGCUUUGUGACCUGGAAGAAGCGAUUGCCGCACACAAGGUUGCCGUCGAUCUCACGCCCGAAGGCCAUCCAGACCGACCACGGCGAUUGAGCGACCUCGCCGGUUCUCUGUGGUCCCGCUUUGAAGGCCUCGGCGAGCUUCGUGACCUGGAAGAAGCGAUUGCUGUAUUCAAGCUCGCUGUUGAUCUCACACCCAAAGGCCAUCCCGGGCGACCAUGGCGAUUGAGCAGCCUCGCCAUCUCUCUGCAGUCCCGCUUUCAACGCCUCGGCGAGCUUCGUGACCUGGAAGGAGCGAUCGCCGCACACAAGCUCGCUGUCGAUCUCACGCCCGAAGGCCAUCCCGGCCGAACACACAGGUUAUGGCAGUUGGGGAUCUCAAUGAAGGCAUUGUUUGCGAUGAAACCAAGCAAAAUGCGCUUUGACGCAGCGCUCGAGCAAAUGAUGAAGGCAACGGUACAGACACUUGGCAAUCCAGCAUCACGAUUGGGAUCGGCUCAGGCAUGUAUAUCAUUACUAUCGGAAUACCCGCAGUUCAGCUCUGCAGAACUGGUGCUUGAGGCCCACGCGAAGAUCAUCCAGAUCUUUCCUGAGAUCGUGUGGCUUGGGCACAGUCUCGAGCGCCGAUAUAGCGAAGUGGCUCCGCUGGGAAAUGAGGUCAACUCUGCAAUCGCAGCUUUCAUCAGGUUGCACUCUAGAUACCAGGCUAUUGAGUGGAUGGAAGCUGGAAGAUCUCUCGUCUGGUCGCAGAUGUUCUCUUUGCGCCAGCCCUUGGAGGAUUUGGAAAGGGUACACCCAAAACUAGCCUCGAAUCUGCGGCAGAUCUCGUUGUCGCUCCAGCACUCGGAUAGCUCAUCUCAGCCCACGCCGGCACAGUUUCGCCACGGUAGUGAACACCCUGGCCCAGUAGUUGCCGACACUGCUCACGGUAUGACUACAACUGCCGAUGAAGGAGCCGCACCUUCUUCGGUAGACCGUCGCAGACAAUUGGCCAUCGACUAUGACGAUCUUCUGAGAAACAUUCGCCGCCAAGAGGGAUUUGAAGACUUCCUGCAUCCCGCGAAGAUCAAUAGUCUACUUACAUCCAUCGAAUACCUUGACGGGCCCGUCGUUUUCAUCAACGUGCACUCGUCUUCUUGCGAUGCCCUUGUACUCUUUCCGAAUGGCGGGAUUGAGCAUAUAGGGUUACCCAAGCUCAGCGAGAGCCAGGCGCAGGGAUUACGCUCGACCUGGACCGAGUUUCUACGGUCAUCUGGGCUGCGCGUGCGCGGUGUUAUACCGGCUGGCAGGCUCGCAAAGGGUCAUGUGAAUAUGUUAGGCGCUGUCCUUGAAGAACUCUGGACGUGUAUUGUGAGCCCUAUUCUCGAAGCACUGCACUUCAUAGUCGAUACACCUGCCGCUGAGCACGAACUUCCUCACAUCACCUGGUGUGCGACUGGGCCAUUAACGCAAUUACCUCUCCAUGCCGCGGGCAUCUACGACCAUCCGCAAAGCCUUACGCACACAUACGAUUUCGUGGUUUCAUCAUAUACGCCGUCUCUUUCGGCACUCUUGCGCUGCCAUAGACAACCAGGAACCCACAAGCAGAUCCGCCCGAACGUGUUAAUCGUCGCACAGCCCGACACUCCUAAGUACACCUCUUUGCCUCACACAAAAGCCGAGUGUGACCGACUACGCGCCGCCAUGUCGGAACGAGCGUACACCCUCAACUCCCUGGUGCACGAGCAGGGGACCGUAGCAAACGCUCUUCACGGUAUCGGACAUCAUCACUGGGUGCAUCUCGCAUGUCAUGGGAAGCAGAGUGCGGGUAGCCCAACGCAGAGUGCAUUCGUGCUGUACGACGGCCAGCUGACGUUGGCCGCGCUGAUGGGCACGGUUGCAGAGAAUGCGGAGCUCGCGUUCCUCUCUGCAUGCCAGACCGCCGUCGGCGACGAGAAGAUCCCCGAGGAAUCUGCCCACCUUGCGGCGGGAAUGCUAGCAGUAGGCUUCAAGGGCGUCGUCGGAACGAUGUGGUCUAUCUGGGACGCCGACGCGCCGAUCAUCGUGGAGGCGUAUUAUGGACGGCUUCACAAGUUGCGGAAUUCCGGAAGAGAUGGUGAUAUCGCUCCAGGAUAUACGGGAGCAGCGUAUGCGCUGCAUGAUGCGGUCAAGGUUUUGAGGGAGCGUGUGGGCGAACAGAGCUUCAUGCAAUGGGCUCCAUUCGUGCAUUUCGGUGUUUGA